AUGAGGCCACGAGCCAUGGCACCGCCCGCAGCGGCAUGGCGCCUCCUGCUCGCCGUGUCCGUCCUGUGGGCAUCUCUGGCCCUCGCCAAGGAUGGCCCUGACAUGACCGUCAACACUUUCGACCACCCGCCCCUCUACCUGAGCUACUUCGAAGACAGUGACGCCGUCGUCUUCCAGGACGUCGAGGAGGGCAACGUCUACCGAUCCAAGGAUGCCGGCGCCAAGUGGGAGCGCGUCAGCGCUGUGCCUGAGGGCAAGUCGCUCUUCCUCAUCAUGCACCAGUUCGAUCCCAAGACGGCCUUCAUCCUGACCGCCAGCGAGACGCACUUCAAGACCGAGGACCGGGGCGAGACCUGGACCAAGUUCCAGACUGGCGUCCUGCCCAGCAAGUUCCAGCCCGAGACUCUCGUCUUCCAUGCCGACGACCCGAACCGAAUAAUAUUCAACGCCAUGAACUGCCAGGACAUCUUCUGCGAAGAGCAGGCCAUGUACACCAUUGACGGCUUCAAGACUACCAAGCCGCUGCGCUCCCUGACCGGCGGAUGCUGGUGGGCCAAGUCGUCCAAGGAAUUCACGACCGGUGAUGCCGAGCUUGACAAAUCGCGCAUCCUUUGCGUUGUCAGGGACCGCUUUUCCCUGUUCAAGUCGGACCAGCGGCUGUUCGUCUCGGAUUCCUUCUUCGCUGUCAAGGAUGGCACCAUCCAGGAAUUUGAACCCAAUGUCGACACGAACAAGGGCGUCCCCGGUGUCCUCAACCUGGCUGUUGUGAAGAAGUACCUCCUGGUCGCCACCUCCGCCGCGCGCACCGACGAGAUGGCCCUCUUUAUCACCGAUGACACCCUCAAGUGGCACCGGGCCAUGUUCCCCAAGGACGAGAGCCACGACCACUCCCAUCGAAUCAACCAAGAGGCCUACACAGUUCUCGAGGGAACAAACUACAGCAUCCAGAUCGACGUCAUGACAUCGCACCCGUCCAACCCGAUGGGCGUCCUCUUCACCAGCAAUUCCAACGGCACUUACUUCACCGAGAACAUCCCCUACACGAACCGCAAUCGCAAGGGCCACGUCGACUUCGAAAAGAUCUCUGGCAUCCAGGGCAUCUUCUUGGUCAACACCGUCGAAAACGGCGCCGAGGUUCAGAAGAAAGGGAGGGCCAAGGACAAGGUCAUCGUUUCUCAAAUCACUUUCGACGAUGGCAGGACCUUCCACAAGAUCAAGGCCGGUGAUACCCGAUUGCAUUUGCACUCGGUCACCGAGCUCGACAAUGUUGGGCGUGUCUUUUCAAGCCCCGCGCCAGGCCUUGUCAUGGGCAACGGCAACACGGGAGACUCCCUGGGCAAAUUCCUCGACGCCAACCUCUUCGUUUCAGACAAUGCCGGCCUGACCUGGAAGAAGGCUCUUGACGGCCCACACAAGUACGAAUUCGGCGAUUCAGGCUCCAUCCUCGUUGCUGUCAAGGACUCAAGCAAGGAAGACGUCAAGGAGUUUUCAUAUUCGCUCGACCACGGCGAAAACUGGAAACAAGUUGCCCUACCCAAGGAUCUCGCUUUCAAGCCUGACCUGUUGACGACGACGCAAGACUCAACGAGUCUCAAGUUCAUACUGCUGGGCGAGAAGAAGGGAACUUACCACAUGGUCGCCAUCAACUUUGACGGGCUCCAUGAACGCACUUGCGGCGACGAUGACAUGGAGGACUGGCACGCCCGGGUGGACGAUGACGGGAAGCCCACUUGCAUCAUGGGCCACAAGCAGACAUUCCGGCGCCGCAAGAAGACUGCCGACUGCUUCAUCAAGAAAGAAUUCAAAGACCCCGUUCCGAAGAACGAGGACUGCGAGUGCUCUGACGCUGACUUCGAAUGCGACUACAAUUUCCAACGAGACGACGACGGCAAGACGUGCAAGCAGGCCGGGCCGAUCCCCAUACCCGAUGGUGCCUGCAAGGACAACCCCGAUGGAACGUUCAAAGGCUCCAGCGGGUGGCGCCUCAUACCCGGAAACACGUGCAAGAGGCCGAGUGGAAAGCAAAAAGACGACAAGGUGGAGAGGAAAUGCUCCGAGGGCGGCUCCAAGCCCGUCCCUCCCGCGACCGACAAGGUCUCGAGCACCAAGGUCGAAUUCGACGCCGAGCUCAAGGACUUCCAAAAAGUCUACCUGGAAAGGGGCGGAUCGAGUUCCUCGACCGACGAGACCCUCAUUGUGAGGCCCGUCGAGUACGUUGGCGAUGGAACGAUGAAGAUUGAGCCCAAGCUGUGGAUUUCUCAUGAUCAUGGCAAAAAGUUCAGUCGCAUCCUCGAGGGCGAGAACAUCAAGGGCAUCUACCCGCACCUGUAUUUCAAGGACGUCGUCUACUUCACAACUAGCAGCCACAACGUCUUGUAUACCGUCGACCGCGGAGAGAGCUUCCACAAGUUCAAGGCGCCCACGGCACCGGAUCCUACCGAAUUUCCUCUCAGCUUCCACCCAGACAAGAAGGAUUGGCUGAUCUGGCUGGGCAAGAAGUGCGAGAAGGUGGGCAAGAAGAAGUCUUGCUUCAAGGAGGCCUCCAUUUCGACGGACCGCGGCGAUAAUUGGAGGACUCUCCGGCGGUACGCAGAGAAAUGCGAGUUCACAGGGCAUUCGGCGUACAAGUUCCGCGGGCUGAAGCAGGUUGUCUGCCUCGUGCGGAAGGAGGAGAGGAACGACGGGCCCAUGACAGUGGUUUCCAGCGACGACUUCUUCGAGGAGGACAGGACCACGCACGAGGGCGAGGUCAUCAACUUUGCCACCAUGAGCGAGUUCAUCGUCCUGGCCGGCAAGGAUGGCAAGUCGGAAGACCUGCACCCCCUCGCCAGUCUCGACGGUAAAUCCUACGACAGGGCCCACUACCCACACAACUUCCGCGAGGGGCACCAGAACGAGUACACAUUGCUCGAUAGCUCAACGCAUGCUAUCAACCUGUUCGUCCGAACCGAAGGUGGGCCUGAUCGUCAGUACGGGUCCAUCAUCAAGAGCAACUCCAACGGCACCAGCUACGUUCUCAGCGCCGCAAACGUCAACUGCAACGAGGACACGUACGUGGACUUUGAAAAGAUUUCGGGCCUCGAGGGUGUCACGUUGAUCAACGUCGUCACCAACACGGACAAGAAGGAAAAGACGAAGACGCUCCAGACCAAGAUAUCACACAACGAUGGCUCGGAAUGGGGCUACCUGGCACCGCCGGCCAAAGACUCAGAUGGCAAGUCGUACUCGUGCAGCAGCUCCAAGGGGGACAGCUCUUGCGCCCUACACUUCCACCACUACACUGAGCGAGAAGACAAGCGCCGGACGUUCUCGGCGGAUACUGCCAUCGGGCUACUGUUCGGCGUCGGCAAUGUCGGUUCCAGCCUAGGUGACAUCAAGGACGCAGACACCUUCAUGUCGAGGGACGGUGGCGUCACCUGGACGAGCGUCAAGAAAGGUCACUGGACGUGGCGCUACGGCGAUCAAGGCUCCAUCAUUGUCUUGGCGCAGAGGGCAACCCAUGCCAGCCCUGCCAAGACCAAGAUUGUGUCGUAUUCGCUCGAUGAGGGCAAAACGUGGAAGGAGUACACAUUUGCAGACGAAGACGUGACGAUCCUGGACAUCUCGACACUAGACUCGGGCACUUCGCGCAACUUCCUUCUCUGGUGCAAGUCGGGCAGCGGAAAGACGUUCUCGGUGAACCUCGACUUUACAGGCCUGGCCAACAAGGCGUGCGAGUUUAAGAAGGACUCUCAGGCCGACUCCGACUACUACCUCUGGUCACCCAAGCACCCGCUCCAAGACGAUGAUUGUCUUUUCGGACACGUGGCGAGAUACCUGCGCAAGAAGGCGGACCGCAAGUGCUACAAUGAGCAGAGCAUCCAGCGGCUGUACGACCACAAAGACUGCCAAUGCAGUCGCCGAGACUACGAAUGUGCGUAUAAUUACGAACUGGACAACCAUGGGCAGUGCAAGCUGGUCAGGGGCUUGGAGCCGCUGUCGGGCAAGGAAUGGUGCUCCAAGCAUCCCAACGAAACGUCGUGGUUCGAGCCGACCGGCUACCGCAAGGUGCCACUGUCGACCUGCCAGGGCGGCAACGAGCUCGAUAAGACAUCCACGGAGCACCCCUGCGAAGGACAUGAGGACGAGUUUGAGAAGAAGCAUCGCACGUCUGGAGUGGUCAUCUUCUUUGCCGUCGUCAUUCCGUUUGCCAUAGCCGGCGCCGUGGGCUGGUGGGUGUACCGCAACUGGGACGGCAAGUUUGGGCAGAUACGGCUCGGCGACCAGUCUUCGACCUUUGACAGCGACCGGCCAUGGGUCAAGUACCCCGUGAUCGCCGUGUCAGCGGUGGCGGCCGUGGUGGCGGCACUGCCACUCAUCGCAGCGAGCCUCUGGAGGUCAGCAGUCGGAUCGUAUGACAGAGUAAGAGGAGGAAGCAGCGACAGAAGCUGGUUCUCGAGCGGCCCACGGAGGUUCACGACCCGGGACAGCUUUGCGCGGGGACGCGGCGACUACGCGGUCGUCGAUGACGUUGAGGGCGAGCUGCUGGGCGAAGAGAGCGACGAAGAGAUAUGA